ACGAGGGGGCGGGGCCGGCGAGGCACGGCUCCUAUUGGGCGUCCGCGCUGCUGCGGUCCCGCCCCCGGCCGCGUGCUGAUUGGCUGCGUAGAGGCAACCGUCCGCGUUUGAAACUCGGGCGCGCUGGCGGCCGCCGAAGGCUGCGGCAGCCUGACUCAGUCCCCGGCGCGGAGCAGGCGCGGACCCCUCCUUCCUGGCGGCGGCGGCGCGGGCUCAGAGCCCGGCAACGGGCAGGCGGGCAGAAUGAGUCUGCAAGUCUUAAACAACAAAAAUGUCAGCGGUGAGAAAAGUACAGAAAACUGCGACUUCCUGUUUUCGCCACUGGAAGUUACCGGAAGAUCGUCUGUUCUUUGUGAGUCACAGAAAGAAAAUGUGCCACCCAAGAACCUGGCCAAAGCUAUGAAGGUGACUUUUCAGACGCCUCUGCGGGAUCCACAGACACACAGGAUUCUAAGUCCUAGCAUGGCCAGCAAACUCGAGGCUCCUUUGGCUCAGGGUGACACCCUGGGACUGGAAAACUCUCACCCGGGAUGGACACAGAAGAACCAACAGCUCAUCAAGGCAGUGGAUGCCAAAACUACUCAUGGAAUUAUCCAGAAACCAGUGGAGGCUGACACCGACCCCCCGGGGGAUGCAGGCCCAGCCUUUGGGGAUGGCAGCUCCGGCGAACCUGGCCCGGGCGCCCUGGCUGGCCUGGACUGCUCAAGCUAUCCCCAGAACCCAGGAAGUUCUGAAAACCAAAUGGCGUCUCCAGGAAAACUGUCUGGCAGCCCUGAGCAAGCCUUGGAGGAAAACGUUAGUUCUUAUUCCUUAGACAAGAGAAUGACACCCACUUCUGAGCCCCUAGAAGACCCUCCCAGGACAGAGUCCCAGCAUAGAGUGGAGCCUCCGCACAGAGCCGAGGAGGAAUGCAGGCCUGGUGGGGUCUCUGCACCCACAGCAGUGGCCACUUGGCCUCCUGGUGUGAUCCCUGAGGAAGCACGUGGAGGAGCGCCCCUGGGGGAUCUGCCUGGCGAGGCCCCAGCCUGCCCCGUGAGUGUGGGCACCCCCAUGCCAGCAGAUGCCACGCAGACCCUUACCUGUGCACACACCUUUGCUCCUGAGAGCACAGCCCUGACCCUGAGUCCUUUGGAGGAAGCGGCUUCAGGUCAGAUGGCCAGCUCCUCGAGGACUGGACCCAUAAAACUUGAAUUUGAUUUCUCUGAUGGCGCCACCAGCAAUAGGGCACCCCCCCCAAAGAGACGGGGAGAGAGAUCCGGCCUCAAGCCUCCCUUGAGGAGAGUGGCAGCAAGGCAGCAGCAGGCCCCGCGGGUGUCGGAAGAGGACAGUGGGAGCGGAGCGGGAGCGGAGCCCCCCGCACCGGCUUCUCAGGGCUCUUGCCACCUCGACUGGGACAAGCCGGAGUACCCAAACUUCACACCAUUCGGAGGUGGCACCAAGUCCGGUUGCAGUGAGGCCCAGCCCCUGGAACGCCCCAAGACCAGGCUGGGCCGGCCAGCAGCUGAACCACGGAGUCCCACGGAGGAGCCAGGCUCCCAUCUGAGCCAGCAGCUGCUUUCAGCCUUAGCAGAGGACACACCUGUGUUGCAGUUGGCAGCUGAGACCCCAAGAGCAGAGAGCAAGGAGAGAGCCUCGAACGCUGCGGGCACUGCGCUUCCCACAGGCUGUCCAGACAGUGAGCCACUGCCCACCCAUCAGCAGGGGCAGCCUGCCUUGGAGCUGGGAGAGGAGAGCUUCAGAGACCCCGCUGAGGUUCUAGGCACAGGGGCAGAGGUGGAUUACCUGGAGCAGUUUGGAGCUUCCUCGUUUAAGGAGUCAGCCUUGAGGAAGCAGUCCUUAUACCUCAAGUUCGACCCUCUCCUGAAGGACAGUCCUCAAAGACCGGGGCCCGUGGCCACAGAGACCAGCAGCAGCACACACGGUGUGGAGGAGCCUCCCUCAGGAAGUCCGCGGGAAGCCACGCUUGUGGAGUUGGAUUUCUUGGGAGCACUGGAUGCUCCGGUGCCAGACCCACCCCCAGGUGUCACUGCGCCUGGCGGCCCACCCCUGUCCACUGGGCCUAUAGUGGACCUGUUGCAGUACAGCCAGAAGGACCUGGACGCCGCGGUAAAGGCGACGCAGGAGGAGAACCAGGAGCUGAGGAGCAGGUGUGAGGAGCUCCACAGGAAGAACCUGGAGCUGGGGAUGAUCAUGGACAGGUUUGAGGAGGCCACAUACCAGGUCAUGGAGGAGGUUCAGAAACAGAAGGAACUUGCCAAAGCCGACAUCCAGAAAGUUCUAAAAGAAAAAGAGCACCUGACUGCAGAUCUGAACUCCAUGGAGAAGUCCUUCUCUGACCUCUUCAAACGCUUUGAGAAACAGAAGGAGGUGAUUGAGGGGUACCGCAAGAAUGAAGAAUCACUCAAGAAGUGUGUGGAGGAUUACCUGGCGAGGAUCACCCAGGCAGGCCAGAGGUACCAGGCCCUGAAGGCCCAUGCCGAGGAGAAGCUGCAGCUGGCAAACGAGGAGAUCGCCCAGGUUCGGAGCAAGGCCCAGGCGGAAGUGUUGGCCCUCCAGGCCAGCCUGAGGAAGGAGCAGAUGCGGGUCCAGUCGCUGGAGAGGACCGUGGAGGAGAAGACUAAAGAGAAUGAGGAGCUGACCAGGAUCUGUGACGACCUCAUCUCCAAGAUGGCGAAGAUCUGACCCAGAGCUGCAGCCCCUCCUGUCUGUGCGUCUAUCCAGCUGUACUGUCCAAUUCUCUUAGGUGUCAUUUUCUUUUUUAUGUCUUAAAACUCGAUUGCUUUGAAAAGAUGACUAAAUAAAGUUUCCUUUCAAUGUAAACU